ACUUUAACGCCAUGUAUCGGGGUUAUUCGCACAUGACGUAAUUCGUGUUGAAAUUUUGAAAUAAACAUGGCAACCCUCGCCGGGGGAUUUUUUUCAAGAGAAUUUGCUUCCUAGCAAGCAUUUGAAAAGAUUUCCUGAUUCUCCAAGGUAGACUGGCUAGCUAAAUGUAACUGUCUGGUUGGGCUUCCUGCAUGUAAUGUUUGCUAUUUGUAGCCAGUCUACUAUAUUGCUAAUUUCGGCUAAUUUCACGUCAACUUGUUUGGAUUAGGCUGAUAUGUUAUCAGAUGUCAUGCACUGAUACACAGUGAUGUCUACCGACAACCUUCUCUCUCCGGAAUCCACGGUUACUUCCCUCUUAGCCAGUUCUGGACACCUAAAGAGCUCGUUGACGUCUUACUCUGCGAGCUCCAUUAGAUACAGGGACAGGAAAUACGAGUCGGCCACGGAGGCUCUGGAUGCAUACAUUGCGGAUUUCCAGAGGAGCCUGCUGGCCCCGGAGAUGUCCACAGGGCGACUGCAGCUACCAAAAGACCCAGUCACCCCUAUUCUUUCAGGAACCAGGUUCAGAAACAAGGAUGUGCUUAAAGAGAAGCUGACUGAUGGGGAGCUAGACUUCCUGAACCUGCCUGUUGGCACUCAGCAGAGAGACCCAGAUAGUCUGAGCCUGACCACUGAUGACCUGCUGAUCCUGCCCACUGACGGCUCCAUGCCGGUCACCCGUACCUCAGCGUACCUGACCCAACGUGUGGCCCGCCCCUGGGGCGACAGCGCUAACUCCAGGUCCCUCAAGUGCCAGGACCUCCUCACAUCACAGGGGAUCUCUCAGCGGAAGAGGGGGCUAGGGAAAUACCUGGGGGGAGAGGACUUCCUGGGCUCACACCCAAACCACCAGCUCAAAGGUACCCACCAAACACAGAGGGGGCCACCGGACGCAGUCUCCUCUCGACACUACCCCAGGUGGCUGACCAGCCUGAAGUCAGACAUGGACUUCUCAGGCGUCACCAGUGUCCCGGACCAAGCGUACCCGACCUGGCUGAGGGACUGCGAAACGGCCUCAGGCCACGCCAGCUGCAGGACGCCUUUCGGGAAACUCGGGCACAGUCGCACCUUCCCACCCUCACCCAAAGCACCGUCCUGGCUGGGCGUGCUGGAGUCCCCGUAUGAGGAACCGCAGGAGGACACAGGGAGCCACCUGAGAGUGGAGCAGAGCGUGAGCGAGGAGACGGGAGAAGGCACCAGCGCACUACUGGAGGAAGCAGGACAGCCAACACUCAGGGAGCUGAGAUUAGAGUUUGCAGAACAGCUGGCCUCUGUUGAAGAGAGAGAUGCACAUAAUGACAAACCCUUUAGAGAUGACAAGAUUGAGUCUUUGAUACUGAAAGCAGAGAAGGCCCUGGGCUCCCCCUCACUAGGCCCUGGACGUCUCACGUUGAAGGACGGGAGUGGCAGUCCGCGCACUGAAGACAUCCUGGACCUGGAUCGGUCAUGGGACAACCCCCCUGUUACCUUUAAAUCUCCAGUGCCAGUAGGCGGCGCUGAAGACCAGCUCAAUGUAAACAAGCCAGGAGUGGCCAGGAAAAUGGAGGUUUGUAAACGAGCCACAGCAUCCAUUUCCUCGGGUUACAGCAGUAGGAAACACCCAGGACCUGUUGAGGCCCUCAAGCAGAUGCUGUUCAGCCUGCAGGCUGUGGAGCACAGGGUCAGGCAGGAGGGGAAAGCGCAGGAUGCCUCCACGCUGGAGACCAAAAACCCAGAAGAAGAACACUCGGAGGCCUGCACGAUUUUGGACCCGUGUGGCGAUUACGAGAGUGCCCCUGGUGGUCAGUCUUUACAGAGGGCUCUGCAUCAUUUGGGGAGACUAAAGAGCCUUGUGGACGACAUGAAUGACAAAAAGGAGAGAGAACUUCAGGAGCAGUGAUGUGCGAGAACAGUAAAAGACCACAGAGAAGAAGACUUGACCCCUCUAUUUCUGGAUUUUGGUUAAAGCUCCUUUGUGCCAAACUGAGAAGAAAUUUGUUGAACUGUCAUUUUUCAGGCCCAGUAAUAUCUUUAAUUCAAGCAAAUAUACUGUCAUAAAAACAUUUUACAUACAUUCUUCCCCACUUUAUAAAACUGUAGUGUGGGACAGGUGUGAAAUUAAGAAUCAUGUGUGGUUGGCUGAUCUUUUUCUGUUAAUACAAGCACAUUCUGUCACAACUGUAUUUAAAACAUUUCCUGGUUGUUAUGGGAAAACAAUGAACUACCAGCAAAGUUGGUGUUUCAAAGCCGUGUUCCAGAAUAUGUUGGAUGCUAGCCGUAUAUUGUAUGUAUGUGUACCACACCAUUCCUGUCACCCUAAGUAGCUGUAGCCGUGUAAAAUUACUUGCUGAGCUAUGAUAAUAAUCUGAUGCUACGCAGAAGUGCUUUAAAAUUCAAUAUGUGCCAUCCAAAUGCAGUCUUACGUCAGUGAUGAAAAAUGAUAUUGUGGUGUAUAUGAGAUUCUGAGCUUUUCUUACAAUAGUAAAUGUUUCUCAGCUGACUUCAAAAUUGAGAGCAGUUAUCCUCAAGGAGCCAAGAUUCAAAAUGGAUUGUUUGUCACUGUACAAACGUGAAAGCCUUAAAUUGUAUAUUUUUAACGACAAUAUUUGACUAAGAUGGUAUUUUAUAUAUGAAGGGUAUUUAAAGAAUGAAUAAUUUACUGUUGAUUACAAUUUUGUGUAUUUACUGAACUCAGUGUUUAGUGUCGGAAAGUCAACUGUGAUGCCAUCAGAAUCCAAUUCCUUGUACUAAUUCAAUUUCCAUAAAACUUUACUCACUUUCCUGUUACUCUUUAAAAUGUAUUUAAUUAAAUCAUAUUGUUUAAAAUCCAUGUUGUUCUAAAAGUGCCACAAUAGCAUUGCAUUUUGUAUUUGUACACAAUUGUUAUUUGUAAAAUGUUGUUGCUGCUCCUGUAUAUUUGAAUGACCAAUUUAUUAAUAUAUUAAGCCAAAACAACUGUGUUUUCUGUAAUUAUGAUCUGUUUAGGGAAGUAUUUCUUUAGCAAUGCCUGAUUCAUGUUUGAAAGCACAUUUGUCUAUUCCAGGCUAGUUUCAGUGCUAAGCCAGCUACACACUGACCAGCAGCCUCAGUGUGUUCUGUUCAGACAAUAUUAAAAAUAAAGAGCCCUCACCAGUGUUA